AUGUACAAAUUAAAUCUCUUAGCAUUGUUGGUGUUGCUCCUUGCCGGCAUCGAUUCUUCGAUGGCAUGGUAUAGUUUUUUUCCCUGCAGAGGAACUCGUAUUCACGCUGUCUGUGCUAACUCAUGGAGUACACUGUCCUCGUCCAAUACUUGUGAAACAGUCCAGGGUGCUUCCGCGGCCGAAAACACGGGUGGCACAAUAGUCAACGGUGUUGUGCGGUGGUCAUGUGAUUAUCAAAAAAAAGCUGGCUGUUUUUGUUGUGCAUUUGAAGAUCUUCAUUGUAUGAUUCUCAAGCUGAUAUAUCACCUCAAUGAUUUUAUUGGACAAGAAAAACGGUCAAGCCACUAA